CGGGCGUUUAGCGCCGGCAGCCCUUGGGGUCCUUCCGCGCGGCCGCGGGGACCGGCGGGAGAAGGGAGAAGCCUCAUUUCUCCCCCAGAGCGCUGAUUGGCUCCGGCGAGCGGGAGGCCCCGCCCCUUCUCCAGGGCGCCCCCGGGGACGGGAGGGCGCGAGUGAGCCCGCCCCGCGCCUCGCUCCGAUUGGCUCAGGCGCGGAAGAUGGGCGGGGCGCUGGGAGGGAAACGUUUACCCGCGAAAGUCUCACGUUCCGCCGCUCCGGGUCCCGGCCCCGGCGGCAGCAGCGGCCGGACAUGAGCCAGCUCCGGGCGGCGGCGGCGGCUGCAGCCGGGGGACUCCGGAGGAGCGGCGGGAGGGCGGCCCCGCCUGCGCGCCGGAGCAGGAAGGGCGCGUCGCCCCGCAAAGCAGCGGCCCCAGCGCCCGCCCCGCCGCCAGCCCGGCAUCUCUUCAGUGACCCGGCUGAGAUUGAGGCCCUACGCCGGGACCUGCUCGCUUGGUACGACAAGUGCAAGCGGGACCUUCCCUGGAGGACACGGGCAGCAACUGAGCCAGAUGCUGACAGACGAGCGUAUGCAGUGUGGGUGUCUGAGAUCAUGCUCCAGCAGACGCAGGUGGCUACAGUGAUCGACUACUACAACCGCUGGAUGCAGAAGUGGCCAACGCUGCAGGCUCUGGCGCAGGCAUCCCUGGAGGAGGUGAACGAGCUGUGGGCUGGACUUGGCUAUUACUCGAGAGGGAAGCGUCUGCAGGAGGCAGCGAGGAAGGUGGUGUCCGAGCUGGCUGGUCAGAUGCCCAGGACGGCUGAGGACCUGCAAAAGCUGCUGCCAGGAGUGGGCCAGUACACGGCAGGAGCCAUCGCAUCCAUCUCAUACGGGCAGGCUACUGGUGUUGUGGAUGGGAACGUGAUCCGGGUCCUGUGCCGGCUGCGGUGCAUUGGUGCCGACUCCAGCAGCCCGGCCGUCAUUGACUGGCUCUGGGACAUGGCCAAUGCCCUGGUAGACAGGAGCCGCCCGGGGGAUUUUAACCAAGCCCUGAUGGAGCUGGGAGCAACUGUGUGUGUGCCCAAGGCCCCGCUGUGUGGGGAGUGCCCUGUGAAGCAGCACUGCCGAGCACGACUUAGGGUGGAGAAGGAGCUGGCCUUUGCCUCUCAGAAGCUGUUUGGAAAAGCCACCCCAGUGCCUGAUGUUGAGGACUGUGGUGCUGGGGGCUGCCCCCUGUGCCCCCCAGCCGCGGAGCCGUGGGACAGCAGCCUGGGGGUGACCAACUUCCCCCGGAAAGCAGCGAAGAAGCAGCCGCGGGUGGCACGAACGGCCACGUGUGUGCUGGAGCGGAGGGGCUGCCACGGGGACCACGAGUACCUCAUCGUGCAGAGACCCAGCUCAGGUCUCCUGGCUGGGCUCUGGGAGUUCCCAAGUCUCCCACUGGCUCAGGAUCUGCAGGAGGAGAAGCAGAAGGAGGCACUGGCAGAUCAUCUCCAGGCCUGGAUGGGGCAGCCUGUGGUGGCUGGAGACCUGCAGCUCAUUGGAGAGGUCGUCCACAUCUUCUCUCACAUCCACCAGACAUACGUGGUCUACUCCCUGUCCCUGGAUAGGGAUGUGACCCUGGAUCCUGCCUCAUCCCCAUCCCGCUGGGUGACAGAGGAGGAAUUCCAUGCCUCAGCUGUGUCCACGGCUAUGAAGAAGGUCCUGAAAGCGUGUGAGAAGCAGCGAGGGAAGGGGAGCAGCCCUGGCCAGGGCUCCAAGCGGAAGCGAGGGGCAAAGGCACAGGGAACAGGCAGCACCAGCCCUGGGACACAGCUCUCCCUCCACGCCUUUCUCCGGCCACCGACUGCCCCAUGAUGGCACCUUCCACGUAUGAGACCACCAGAGCCCGGUGCUGUGGUGAGUCCUGCCCGUGAUGUGGGGAUGGUGUCCCCAUGCUGCUGCAAGCCCAGUACAUAGCCCUGUAACAGUCUGCCGCUCCUUGCAGAGUCCACCAGCCUCCCUGGCUCCCCCAUGGGGAGUUGUGCCUUGAUGUGGCCCCUAUGGUCCUGGAUGUGCCAGGAGCUGGCCUGCCCUCCUGCCUCGGUUGGGGCCCUCUGGGGUUAUUUGGCUCCAUACAGCCACUGCUGCAGCACUGUGGACUCAUGGCAGCAGGAAGGUUGUGGCCACAUUGCUCCUGCAGCCCUGUCCCUGCAUGCACCUCAUCUGCCAGCCAGGGAGUGUGGAUCCUGCUGUACCCUUCCCGGCCUCCCACAGCCCUUUUUAUACACUUGUUUUUACUGAACCUGAGCCACAGGCUUUCUAAUAAUAAAUCUAAAGUGUGUGUGGGUUUUA